GCGCCUCGAUCCCCCUAGUUUCUCAGUACCUGUACUCUCUCUCUCUCUCUCUCUCUCUCUCUCGCUUGCUCUCCCCAGAUCCCUAACCUUACCCGCAUUGCCCUUUUCUCUCUUCUUUUCCCUGAAUUAGUGGGGAGGGCAAUGAGCUUCUGCUUCCUGCUCUGAAUUUUGCUGCACAGGAAACCCAGUUCCUCCUUUCUCUGUUUUACUCGCCCAUCAAAAACAUUCUGCUGUGUUUCAUCUUCAAUCAUCAUGAUCCAUCUUGCAAAAUUCGUUUCUCUGUCUCCUUUUCUUCUGCUUCUAUGCUUACCACUGGUUCUUGCCGCUCAUGACUACGGCCAGGCUCUGAGCAAGAGCAUUCUCUUCUAUGAAGCACAAAGAUCUGGUAUUCUCCCUCACAACCAGAGAGUCUCAUGGAGGGGUCAUUCUGGUUUGCACGACGGCAAGACAAGCGGGGUAGAUCUAGUUGGCGGGUACUAUGAUGCAGGGGACAAUGUGAAGUUUGGUUUGCCCAUGGCAUUCACCGUUACAAUGAUGUCGUGGAGCGUCAUAGAGUAUGGCAAGCAAAUGGCUGCAAACGGCGAGCUUGGCCAUGCCAUGGAAGCCAUCAAGUGGGGCACUGACUACUUCAUCAAAGCCCACCCAGAACCCAAUGUUCUCUACGGAGAGGUGGGAGAUGGUAACAGUGACCAUUACUGCUGGCAAAGGCCCGAGGACAUGACAACCGACCGAAGGGCCUACAAGAUUGACUCCAGCAAUCCCGGGUCGGAUCUCGCGGGAGAAACAGCCGCCGCAAUGGCCGCUGCAUCCAUUGUCUUCCGACGCUCGAAUCCGGCUUACGCCGCCGAGCUGCUCCACCAUGCUUAUCAGCUAUUUGACUUUGCAGACAAAUACAGAGGCAAGUACGACGGCAGCAUCACUGUUGCCAGAAAGUAUUACCAAUCCAUCAGUGGCUACAACGACGAAUUACUGUGGGCUGCUGCAUGGUUGUAUCAAGCAAGUAACAACAAAUAUUACUUAGACUACCUCGGAAGAAAUGGUGAUUCCAUGGGUGGAACUGGCUGGUCCAUGAAUGAAUUUGGAUGGGACGUCAAGUACGCCGGUGUUCAGACUCUGGUAGCCAAGUUCUUAAUGCAAGGCAGAGCUGGUCAUAAUGCAGCAGUGUUUGAGAAAUACCAAGAGAAAGCAGAGAACUUCAUGUGUUCAUGCCUUGGGAAGGGAACUCGCAACAUGCAGAAGACACCUGGUGGACUAAUUUUCCGUCAAAGAUGGAACAACAUGCAGUUUGUGACAAGUGCCUCCUUCUUAGCCACCGUCUACUCCGACUACCUCUCCUCUUCCCGCCGAUACCUGAGAUGUCCUUCCGGCAAUGUCCCUCCUGCUCAGCUUCUGUCCCUUGCUAAGUCUCAAGUGGACUACAUUCUUGGAGACAACCCUAGAGGCACCAGCUAUAUGGUGGGUUAUGGAACCACCUUCCCUCAAAGGGUUCACCACAGGGCCUCCUCCAUUGUCUCCAUCAAGGUUAAUCCUACAUUUGUCACAUGCCGUGGAGGUUAUGCUACUUGGUUUAGCAAGAAAUCAAGCGACCCCAAUCUACUUACAGGUGCAGUUGUUGGCGGACCAGAUGCCUAUGAUAACUUUGCUGAUGAAAGAGAUAACUAUGAGCAAACUGAGCCUGCAACCUACAAUAACGCUCCUCUCAUUGGUAUCCUUGCUCGACUGAGUGCUGGCCAUGGUGCCUAUGAUCAGCUCCUUCCAGUUGCUGUUCCCGCCCCUAAACCUGUCAUCACCAAGCCACAACCAGCUCCCAAACCCAAGGUUACUCCGGCUCCAGCUUCAUCUUCUAGUCCAAUUUCGAUCCAGCAGAGGAUGACGACUUCCUGGGUUGCCGGUGGAAGAACUUACUACAGGUACUCAACUGUGGUGACUAACACAUCUCCCAAGACUCUCAAGUCUCUCAACCUUUCGAUAUCUAAGCUUUAUGGUCCAAUCUGGGGCCUCACAAAGGCAGGCGAUUCCUAUACUUUCCCAUCAUGGCUCAACUCUCUGUCAGCUGGUAAGAGCCUGGAGUUCGUGUACAUUCAUUCUGCUUCUCCAGCGGAUGUCUCUGUUGCCAAAUAUUUGCUGGCCUGAAAAACACCAACUUCAUCAAAGUGAGGUUGGUUUGGUUUCUGUGGUGUUGUGUAAGAAUUGUGCAGCCGGUACGAAAAGUGCAGUGGGGAGAAGCUCUUUUCGUUUUCUUUUUCCUUUUUGAGCCAAGUUUACUUCUUCACUUGUUUCUGUUGCCUUCUACUAGGAACUUAGAACAUAUCAUCUUUAGGCCAAAUAAGAUGUAAGGUCUGGAGAAGAAAGGAGUGAAGAGACAACAAGACAAGUGCUCAUCCUCUUUCUCCUCCAUCUCACAGCUUAUAUAUAGAGUGAGCGAUACAAGAAAGAGACAGCCACAAGAGAGUGUUGAGAAGUGAAGUGAAGAAAAGAACUUCUCAAUAUUUCAAGGCGCCAUUACUUGUAUUUCCAAACAGCUUUGUACGUCCUUUUGUGUUGUGAUGUUGUAAGCUUUGCAACAUUCUUCUACUUUUUAUGGAAAUAGUUUGUGCAAUAGGUUUGUACCUUUAUGCUUCGUUUGCAUACUUGCUUACAAUAGAAAUUUGUGUUAUGCUCCAAGUUUGUUCAAAGGAUUUAUUCGCAAA